CUUUUAUUUAAAAAUUCCUUUUUGCUGAAAAUUAUUUAUUGUAAGAGCCUUGCUAUGAUUUUGUCUAAAUUGCCAAUCCCCACUCCCCUCCACUACCGAAUUUCGUUGCCAUGGCGCCAAAGGAUGAUUUAAUUUGUUAGGCUCGUGAGAUUUUUUAUUCAAAUCACGUCUUGAAAGACAGCUUCGGAAUAAUUAUUUACAUAUUUCAAGAAUGGACGAAGGACUUGGACCAGGGGAAUUGGUGUCUGAACUAUACUGUCAUCGCAUAAAAGACAUUGCCACAAAAGAAUGGUGGUCUCUCAUGAACAAGCAAAGCAAACUAUGUCAGUUAGCUGUUAUGGAUAUGAAGACUUCAGAAGAGAAGGUAGUUGAAGCGUUCAAAAACUACCCAGAAAAGGUCAUUACAUUGGUCAAUGAAGUUCUUUGUUUGUCGCUAUGGAGGAAAGAAGUUUUACCUGCUCUGAUCACUGACCCUUGCGAUAAAAUGAGCUCCAGAUUUCCUCUGAUCUACAUCAUUAUGUACCACGAGUCAUCCAUGGUUGCUUUGCUGGAGAUAAUUAUGUUCCAUUCUGAAAUUUGCAUUGCUCUGGGAGACGCGGCAGUUGAUCUUGUAGAUUACUGUGCGGCACAGAUUACCAGGCUUAUUUCUAGGCCCCAGAAUGAUGAAUCGAAGCACGAAAUCUUGCUUCAAAAGGAAGAAAUUGAAUUUGGCAUUGGCAUGCGAUGCAUCACUAUAAUUCUCUAUCUAGCAGAGAACAUCAACAGCUUGAGUCUCUCAUUAACAACUAGAAUGUUUUCAACCCAUGACGUCCCACUCCUUCUCUGCAGCCUAAUUGACGAACAGCCUUGGAUCAGAGAAAAGAACGGGGAAAAAUUGCAAUUCAUUGAUGGUUCGUGGCACAGGAAGUGCAAUGGCAGUUUGGCUGGCAGGCAUGAGGCAAAUGCAUGGCUUGCAGUUCACCAACUUUUACUCCACCCAGAGCUUGGAAAGUUUUAUGGCGUGACUGAAUACGCAAAAGGAAAAUUUAUGAGGAUGGAGGUCAAGAUUGACGAUUACUUGGUAAGCCAAAUGCCACCACUACGAGAGCUGAAACAAGGCUUGCUUUACUUGUCAAACUUCCAAUUACCAGAGCAAAAGCCGCCUGUGAUGUUGGAACUCCUACCAGAGAUGACCAAUGCACUUCUAAGUGAGGGAAUGAAAGGUUGGUCGACCAUUAGCAAGAUUCAUAAGAAGAGUAUUUUGGAGCAUUCGGACAUGGCGACAAUUGCUGAUAGUUUCAGUCUGCCAUUUCAAGAGGCCCCAAGGAAUCUAUGCACGCACUGCACUCAGCCCGCAAAGAGCAGGUGCUCAAAAUGCAAGAAGGCUUGGUACUGUAGCCGAAACUGCCAACUUCAACACUUUCCCUACCACAAAAUUGAGUGCGAGCCUGUUGGGAGUGUCGGAGCUGAGAAGUAAAAUUGCAGUUGUUGAAGUUUUAUAAAAACGACUUCUUUAACUCGUCUUUAAUGGAAAUGCAGUCACGAUACAUUCACUGCUUCAAGUACUCCUUGACGUAGUCGCACUCUGGAGUCUCCUCACCCCAAUCCUGUCAAUAAAU